GUACCUCAACCUCCAUCAUGCAGUACUGGUCUGUACCAAAGCUAUGCUAUGCUAAUGAGCCUCCAAGCAAUCAAUAAAUAUUCUGUUGUGGUCAUUACACACCACAGUUGUUCAGUUUAAAGGUUUUGUUAAAUAAUUGUAGUUAAUAUAAUGCAGGGUAACCUUUAACCAUGUUCAAUGAGGUGAAAUUAGUUAAAAUCUGAGAAGAAUUAGGGGAAAACUCCAUCCUGAAAAGAUGCUAAGUGCUAACCAAGAGGAUGAUUCCCGCCCACAUGCUCAUUCCCUCAGAAUUCCCGACACCUCUGCGGGAAAUGUUUGGAGAGUUAAUUCAUGAUUGGUAAAAGAGUAAAAGCGAGACAGUAAACAGAUUUUGGAGUUGUCUGUUUUUGUUUGUUAGUUUAGUUUAUGCUUAAUGCUUAAUCUCUAUCACUUUGUCGGAGGUGUAAACGUUUUAAACGUGAGAAACAACUUCGGGAGGGCGUCGUUUGUGGAGCUCGCGCGAGGCAGUCCUGUUGCUAUGGGAACACACAACAACCAAAGUGGCGCGUUUUACCUCAGUGACUUCCGUGGCGUCAUUAGCAUGGAGAGUCUAAAUGAACUUUAUUCGUCAAUCUGCUCAGAUCUUCAACUGUCUCCGAAUAAAUACAUUUCUCAAGAGCUGAAAGACACGGAGAAGUGCAUCAGAGAUGUGUCUCUCGGACUGAGGGGCAACAACCGAGUGGAGGAAACCAGCAGGUUAACGGAUGAAGAUGUUAAAGCCUUGUCUAAAACACUCCGGAAUCAUCUACACCUCAGAGCUUUAGACCUGAGCUACAACAGGAUCUCGGAUGAAGGAGCAGCUCAUCUUGCAGAUCUGAUCCAGGAGAACGUGGCUCUGCAGGAGAUCGAUCUGAUGUGCAACCACAUUGAAGCUGAAGGUGCAGAGAGAAUUGCCAAAAGUUUGCAUCACAACAUAACCCUGAAGAGAUUGAGAAUGACGGGAAAUAAGAUGGGGAACAAAGGUGCCAUGCACUUCGCCAGCAUGCUGCAAAUCAACAGCACUUUAGAAGAGCUGGAUAUGUCAGACUGUGACCUGGACACUCAGAGUCUGAUCACAUUUGCAAUCGUUCUUACCAACAACAGAAGCCUCGUCUCAGUCAACGUCAGUCGUCCCCUCCUCUUCAGUCUGCAGGAGGAGACUACAGUGCACACAGCUCGCAUGCUAGAGGUCAAUCACAGUUUGAAGGAACUUCACAUGGGCAAACAUGGCAUGACAGACUGGGGACUUCAGAGACUGUGUGAGGCAUUAAUAUCCAACCACAGCCUGUGUUACCUCGACUUGCGCUGCAAUAGGAUAACGAGGGACGGUGCAAGACAGCUGGCUGGACUCCUGAAACAAAACAACACACUGAAGAUUCUGGACCUGUCUUUCAAUCGUAUCGAGGAUGACGGCGCAGUGUGUCUGAGUGACGCCAUCAUGCUUAAACACACCAAACUCACAGCGUCAGUGUCACUUCCUGUCUCCAGCUCUGACUUUUUUGUAAUUACUGCAUGCAUUUUAUUCACUUUGUCUUCCUCCAUCAGUCUCUCCAUCCAGAGCAACAACGUGUCCACCGUCGGCCUGCUUUCUCUCAGCAAAGCCGUCAACACUAAUCCUCAUCUGACACACAUUUACAUCUGGGGGAACAGACUGGAGGAGCCGGCGUGUGUGGCGUUCUCACAGCUCAUGUCAUCGGGCCGUCUGUCAGAACGGCACACGGACAUGACGCCGUACACGGUGGACGGGCGUGUUCACCUGGCCGAAGUGUCCAACGGGUUACACGGGCAUUAUUACUGGACCCCGAGCUACGAGGACGGAGACGCUGCCAGUAACACCGCUCUGACUCUAAACACAUCACUCCACAGCCUUACUGAGCUCAACAACCCGUAA